AUGUACGGUAGUGACGGUUCUGCUCAAUUUAGGCGAGCUCAUGCUGCUGCUGCUGCCCAAUGCACAUCGAUGUCAUCGGGACAGCCACGAGUCGUCUCGUGGAGAGAUGAUGUUUGGGUAAGCGGGUUCGAUGGUGAAGUGGAGUGGGAUCAUUCCAUGGCCGGCCUGGCGCCCCUGGCUGGCCACUUCUGCUGUCAAAACAAGGAAUCUCUGUUUGCUGCUUUAUACUCAAUCUUGCUUAAACUUCAACCUCCAACCCAAGCUUCAACCUCCAACCAAAACUUCAAUCUUCAACCUCCCCGAACCUACCACUCACAUAUACCCCCAUCUACCAACAUGGAGAAGGCAAAGGCUGCAGUCGGGAGCUUCCUGUCAAAGGAUGGCAAGCAUGACACCACCGUCCACGAGACUGUCAACGCGGCCGUGACUCAGGAGCAUGUAACCCGCACGCAACACGAGGAAGUCCAAAAGGCUGUCGACCGUGAGGUGCACCAGGACCAUCACCACACCUCCGUCCAGCCUAUCCUGGACAAGCAAGUUCUCCCCGAGCAACACACCCACCAGAUGGCCGGUGUCGAGCACCGCAGCUUCAAGCAUGGCAAUGACGAUCACGUCAAGGAGCGCCUCGCGGCCGAGCAAGCCCAGUUCAGAGAUACCCGAACCGUCGGCGAGACGCAGCACAGCUCUUCUGCCAACGCCACCGUGGCGGGCGAGCACGUCCACCACCACGUCCAUGAAACCAUUCAACCCGUGAUCCAGAAGGAGACUAUCCAACCCUCUGUGGUCCACACCACCAUCCCCGUCCACGAGGUCCACCAGAACGAGGCCAAGCAUCACACAGCCACUGCUCUUCCCGCGGUCACCAUGGACGAGUUCCGAAGCCAGGGCGGAUCUCUUUCUGGCCGUGAGGAGCGCACCGAUGCAUUCGGAGGUGAGCCUCGCUCGGUGGGAGGUACCCUCGGUGGUGCUGGUGCUCAUGGUACUACUUCCUUGACCGAGCCCGAGGGAGGAGUCUCUUCCUCCACGCACGGGUCUCGCCAUCAUAACACUAGUUCAGCUUCCACCGGGAUGACCGAUUCUGAGGGAGGAGUCUCUUCCUCCACGCACGGGUCUCGCCAUCACAACACUGGUUCGGCUGCCACCGGGACUACCGUUGGCGCUGCCAAGGAGAAGCCGAGCUUGAUGGACAAGAUAAAUCCCAUGAAGGAUGCGGAUGGAGAUGGAAAGGCCGGUUUCAUGAAGUAG